UACUAAUGUUCCCCUGGUUGGCUGAGGACUGGGAAGGUCCAACCAAUGUUUUUCACUUGCUUUAGUGGCUGCGGCUCCCUAAUUAAUUGCAGCUAUCUGUCUCCUAUCGAUGUGUGUGUACAUGUGUGUUGUGUGUGUUUCCCCUUUCCUCCCCAAACCGAACAUGAAAUAGUUUGUUGGGCUAUACUUUCUUUCUUCCUUUCUAAUCCCCCCUUCCUUCCUUCCCGUCCUGGUUCGCUGGUGGAGACCGGGAGGACUGAAACCCAGCUGUGUUCGCCGCCCGCCUCUGCUCGCCGCCGGUUCCCCCCUCACUGCUCGGUGAUGUUGGACAUGGGAGAGCGCAAAGAGGUGAAGAUGAUUCCCAAAUCGUCGUUCAGUAUAAACAGUUUGGUGCCGGAGGCCGUGCAAAGCGACAACAACAACAGUCACCACCACCACCACCACCACCACCACCAGAACCAGAGCCAGAACCAGCACCGAGUUGUUGGUCCGGAUGAUGCCGAGCAGAAGGCGCCUCUCCCGGCCUCGCAGCCGGACGUCAAAGCUGACCCGAAAAGUGAGUCACUGAACCCGGAGAGCUGCCCGGAGGAGAAGCAGGAGGAGAAGAAGGACGGGAAAGAGGGAGAGAAGGACGGAGAGAAGAAAAGUGGCAAGUACGAAAAACCUCCUUUCAGCUACAACGCUCUAAUAAUGAUGGCUAUCAGGCAGAGUCCGGAGAAGCGGCUCACUCUCAACGGCAUUUAUGAGUUCAUCAUGAAAAACUUUCCGUAUUACCGGGAGAACAAGCAGGGCUGGCAGAACUCCAUCAGACACAACCUCAGCCUCAAUAAGUGCUUUGUCAAGGUGCCUCGGCACUACGAUGACCCCGGGAAGGGGAACUACUGGAUGCUGGACCCCAGCAGCGACGACGUCUUCAUCGGUGGAACCACUGGGAAGCUCCGCCGGCGCUCCACCACGUCACGGGCCAAGCUGGCUUUCAAGCGCGGUGCCCGGUUGACCUCCGGGCUGACCUUCAUGGACCGGGCCGGCUCCUUAUACUGGCCGAUGUCCCCCUUCCUCUCCCUUCACCACCCGCGGGCCGCCGGUGCCCUCGGCUACAACGGGACCUCGUCUGGAUACCCGGGCCACCCGAUGUCCUACAGCAGCAUGCUCACGCAGAACAUGAGCAACAACCACUCAUCGUUCCCGUCGUCCAACGGGCUCAGCAUGGACCGGCUGGUCGGUGGGGACCUCCCCUACGCGACGCACCACCUGACGGCGGCGGCCCUGGCGGCCUCGGCGGUGCCCUGCGGCCUCUCUGUGCCUUGCUCCGGGGCCACUUAUUCAUUGAACCCGUGCUCGGUGAACUUGUUGGCCGGACAGACGAGUUACUUUUUCCCCCAUGUCCCACACCCGACUAUGAGCUCACAGACCGGCGCCGGAGGCGGUGGCUCAUUGCAGGCUGCCCGGGCUUCGGCUUCCAAUUCUCCGCAGGCUCCCUCCUCUUCCUCGCUGCCAUGUGACACUCUUAGGCCGGCUUUGUCCGGCUCUCUACCCGCCUUCUCCUCGGGACUUUCCGGGGGUUUGUCUGACUAUUUCACACAUCAGAACCAGGGGUCAACUUCUAACCCGCUCAUACACUAACUCCCCUCCGCCCCCCACUCCCCUGAACUUCAUCCAUCCAUUCAUCAAUUCAUCCAUCCAUCCAUCCAUGAAGGAGUGAUAAUCUCAAAAUGAUUGGAACACUAACGUGAUCGUUUUUAACACUGAACAUUUAAAAUGUAAAAAAAAAGACAAAUUAUUAUAAACUACUACCUAUUAUAGAAAAAAGAAGAGAGACUGCAAAACAAAAAAAGAGCAGCACUGAGAAACUCACAGAAAGCAGCACUGACAUUUCCAGGUAUUUUU